AUUUUCUCCUAUGGGUAAUGUCCCCAUGCUUAAGCCUGUCUAUGACGACCACUUGUCCAAGGCGACCACUUUUGUUGGUCCGUUUAUCCACUUUUUGGACACACACUGUUUAUCAAGUACCCAAUACAGGUUUUUCCAGACUUUUGUCCUCUGAUAUGUGAAGUCGCCGGGUUCUCAUUGCCUAAUAGCCGCAGGUUAUCCGUACGGUCAGCGGCGAACAUGUUAUAUCUUCUCCCGCAAAGUAACUAAAUGGCCUAUGUGGACCCACUCUAGACCAAAACCUGCCUGCUCUUUCCUAAUCCAGACUUCUCUGUUCCGCGGCGAAGCGAGGAACGAAUAUAACAAGGCGGUUCACCGUGAAACCCGAGAUCCUGUUGCCGUCAAGAUUAUGAAAAUCGAUCUCAAAGAUGAUGUCAAGUCAAUAUGCCAAGAAAUACACACGCUCAGGGAGUGCCGGCAUCCAAAUAUUGUCCAGUUUUAUGGUAGCUAUCUUCGAAAUAGCAAACUAUGGAUUUGCAUGGAGUAUUGUGGAGGCCAAUCAAUGCAAGACAUAUAUUUAUAUACUCGUACUCCUUUGGAAGAAGAUUGCAUUGCUUUUGUUUCGCGUGAGACGUUACAAGGUCUCAACUUCAUGCAUGAACGCGGUCGGAUUCAUCGGGACAUCAAAGGUGCCAAUAUUUUGCUCACUGACGAUGGACGCGUCAAAGUUGCGGAUUUCGGAGUAGCGGCACAGUUGAACAACACCGUCGGAAAGCGAACAACACUCAUAGGAACGCCUUACUGGAUGGCUCCAGAAGUUGCAUCAAUCGAAUCACGAGGAGCUGGUUACGAUGGAAAAUGCGACGUAUGGGGUGUUGGCAUUACAGCAAUUGAAUAUGCGGAACUUCAACCACCCAUGUUCGAUUUAGAUCCGCGCAAAGCCCUUCAAAUCCUCGGGACGCGGAAUUAUCGACCACCCACUCUCCAGGAUCGAAACAAAUGGUCCCACCGCUUUCACUCAUUCAUCAAAUGCUGCCUUGUGAAACACGAGCGACGCAGGCCAGACGCAGCAACAAUGCUCACGCACGUUUUCGUGACCAAUCCAGCUUUAUCUAAUCAAUUGACUCAGCGGUUGCUCAACUUCAAGCGUCAGCUGGAAAUGCAGUCGAAACAACCAACUCAACCACCGCAGUUGCCGCCGCCACUGCAUCCACAACAACAGCAACCAGCUUCCGCACCAAUCCAACCUUUUGUUGCUCCGUGUAAACCUUUCAUGACGCAGGAUACCUGUUCCAAUAUGCCCUCAGAAUUAGUGAGUGCUGAGUACCAGCCAAACUCUCGCCCCGUGGUCAUCAUGGCUGACUCUGCCAAGGGACCCUCAUCGAACGGUUUUGUUGGAUUCGGAGAGCAUUCAUGUCCUACAUCUGUUGGCACCCCAGCACUACCUCCAAAGUCUUCUCAUGGAUAUUCCCCGGAAAAUGUCGUUGAUUUUAGUCAGGCUUCCACAGCAUCAACACCGACCUCACUUUCAGACGGUCAACAAUCGAUACAACCCAAUGUGGUCCCUCUUUCCGUUCUUCGCGUUGGCCCUAGUCGUUCAUCGGAUCCCACCGCCCUUAUCUGUGCUCCAUCUGGAGAAGCGAAAACUGGCGGUCCCGGCACUGUAGAUAGUGCUCUGGGUAAUGUUCAACUUCUCCAUGGGAGCUCUGAGGAUCUACUGCGUGAAGUGAUGGAUGCUUUCGAAAAGCGGCGCAGUUGUAUUGACCCUCCAAACAGUCAGACACUUGAACCUCGUGUGCAAGUUGCCAACAUGAAUCCGCAUACUUUAGAAAUGAAUGAUCUCCAUGCGCAUUCUCAAUCUGAAGAUUCCACUUCGGCGGAGAUCAGAGUUAGUGUGAUGAUGGACAACAGAAAACGAAUGCAGCCACCACCGAAACAGGCUCCUCCCUACGGUAUCACUACGCCCCCCGGUAAUUUCGGUCGCGCCCGAUCCAAGCGACGUGCACCCCCGCCUCCACCAAUUGUCUCUACCGAGGAAUCUCUACCGUCUUUGAGUGCCCCUUGUUUGUACGAGACAGCGGACAACUCGGUUGAUCUGCGGUUGCCUUCUCGGGGCGCAAAUCAGCCGAAUGAUUUACGUGCUAAUGGCGAUAGAAUUGAUGGGGCCUCGCUAGUUGUUGUUCGCUAUGAGCGUUCCCACGGGCCCACUUCGAACUUGGACUUGGCUGGCACUACGGUAGACGCACCUCCGAGACCUCCUCCGCCACGCUUAGACUCCUAUUUUUCACCCGCGGGUUAUCCACGUGGGAUCGGUGAAGAUGACAGGUAUGCUGCUCGCCUACAUCCACCUGACCUAAGUAUUGGGCUACCCCCCACACCAAAAGUGCACAUGGGCGCUUGCUUCAUGCUGCUGUUUGAGGGAUGUCCUCUGAAAGUGAACGCAACUGCCACUUGGGUUGACCCGGAAACACGUAGUCAGAUCAUUUUGUUCGGUACGAAUGACGGCGUUUAUUAUCUCAGCCUUGUGAAUUUGGCAGAUUGCACCUUAGAGCUCCCUACUACGAAAGUGCCUGACACUCAAGGAUGUCAUAUCGCUAGUGUGAUACGCAAUCCUUAUAACGGUGUGAAAUAUUUAUGUGGAGCGGUUGAGAAAACUAUCAUCGUCAUGGAAUGGUACAAUCCACGGAGCACUUUCAUUGAAGUCAAGCGGGUUGAAGUGCCAAAAAUGCCAUGCCCGGUAUUAAACUUUGAUCUGGUCAUAUAUCAAGAUCAACCCCUUCCUUUGGUCUGCUUGGGAGUUUCUGCCACAUCCGAUCCCAUGCAUUACCGAUUACAUUUAGUCAACUUGAAUGAUGACAGUGGAGAGACGUGGUCCUCCGGCCCUUUGAAUCCCGACGAUCAAUUGCAGGUUAUCAAGGUGGUUCAGCUGGAGUACAAUACGCUACUGAUAUGUUUUCCAACCCAUGCCACCAUUGUCAAUUUGAAUGGACGUGUAAAAUCUGAUCGUGAAGGCUGGAAAUCAGAAUUGCAUUUUGGAGCGACUGUUCAUUCUGUCGUUUGUCUGCAAGACAGCGUGCUCGGUUUCCACACGCACGGACUUCGUGGUAUUGGCUUUGAUGGCCAGCUGACGCAGGAUAUUAACGAUGAGAAACACGUUUAUCGUCUACUGGGUUGUGACAAGAAUGUGAUCUUGGAAAGCAGACCAAGUGAUGAUCCAAUGUCAAACUCAAACAUCUACCUACUGGCCGGACACAAAGAUUUAUACUGACGCCUAUUUCACAUUUUUCACUGGCGCUAUCUUCAGAUCAACAUGCUGCACUGCACAUCGUCAGAACAACCUUAUCCUUCACCUGUGUGUGAAUGCGCAUUGGGUUAUAUUCUAACCAGCUGCCUUCCGCGUCCUUGUGGUGGCUGCCCAAACUGAGCCACUCUUCAACGAUUCAGUGUUAAUUCACUCCCAUUUAGGACUGCCCUUCUUACUAUUGCUUAGUGUUCUUGAGGACUGCGGCAAUUGAGUUGCGUCCGUUUACAUUCGACCUGAGUGUACGACCUCGAGCUUUCAAUCUUAUUUUUAUCCUUUUGACAUCGCGGUUGUCCGCUACACUGCCGGCCGACGCACCACGCAGUGAUGGUUGUUCAACCUUUUCAGCAACAGUAUUGCACACGAUCACAUGCACACAUUUGGAUGUAUGUACAGUUUUUUACCAUUCAUCCUUCUCGUCUUGAUCAACCACUGCUUGUCCGCCUACUUUUAUCUUUGUCCCCGAAUUGUUGCUUAUUUGUGUUUGGCCUUAUUUCUUGGGACAUCGCUUCCACGAAGAUCAAGUGCUGCAACUGAGUUCACGCGUCCAUGCACUCUCUUGGUUUCGGAAGGUAAACACAUCUCACCAUCGACUGCUUGCUAUCCUUCAAUCAGCUGUCUGCCAAUGCAUUUCAGACACACUCCUCACCAUUUUCAGCGUGAAAAAACUAAGCACUCCAAUCCGCCUAGUUUGAUAGCAACGAAUGGCCAACAGAUAUUCUAGGUUUCUUUUGCUUUGUCUUGGUCGCAGGUGUAAAGCUCUCAUUGGUUGGUCAGUUUCGGACUAUCCAAAGCUGCACCUAGCUAGUUGUAACCAGACUGAGCGAAAGCGCUUUGGAUCGAAUUGACUAGUUAAGUGCUGGAUCCCCCUGUUCUGUGGGACUUCAAACGAGUGGUCGUCCUUAUCCGAUUUGCGAGUCCCACGCUGAUAUCCGCG